CGUCUUGAUGCGGUCACUAAUCCUGUGGCCCCACCCUCCUUCCUAUCUUCCUAUCUCUUCAAUCCAUCCGGACCUUGUUUCCUCAGCUCCUUCCGUUCUCGACAACCCCCACCGCCCGGUCCUUGACAUUCUCAAUCCUCUCCAUUCCUGCUCACCCUAGUAAUAAAAAAAGAAAAUAAAAGAAAAAAAGAUACUCUCUCUCGCUCUUCUCACACCGUUUUUUUUUUAUUAUCAGUCCAAAACACGUAAUCUCUUCACUCUCCAGUCCUCUCCCAAUUCAGAGCAAACCAUGAGUCAGCAGCAACAAAAGAGUAUGGAUGGAUCGAACAGGGUCCCGGAUGGCAACAACGACGGCAUGAUUCAGGUGCCUCCACCCGCAUACGACAACUCAGCUGCCAAUACCUCAAAAUAUGCCCCACCCUCCGGUGCACCAGAUAACUUUUAUCAGGCGCAGCCCGUUGGUAGCAGUAGCCAGCAGCAGACAUAUGCACCCCCAACAAUAGCCGGGGGUGGAUAUGAACCGCCAAUGAGUCCAAUGGGAGGCUAUCCCCCACCUUCUGGACCACCUGGAGGCUACGCUCCGCCGCCAGGACCACCUGGGGGCUAUGGCCAAGCAUAUGGAGGCUAUGCUCCGCCGUCUGGACAGCCAGGUCGAAUGCAUAACACCACUGUGUAUGUGGUGGAUAACGGGCCUAUAGAUGAGGGGGACAUUCAUCGGGGAGGUAUCCCCGUUGCGAUGAUCUGCUUCAUUUUCGGAUUGUGCACGUGGGUUGGGUAUCUCAUCGGGAUGUGCUUCAUCCAUUCAAGGGAUCCGCGAGAGAGAUGGUGGGCGCGAGCCUGUGCAAUCAUGUGCAUCAUCUGGGCGCUGAUCGUCAUUUUUGCAUCAAUCUUUGGAAGGCCGAAUUGAGGUUGGCCCCAUGGCAACGGGAGAUACUGCAAUGGGAGGUACUGCAACGGGAGAUACUGUUGUCGGGCGAUUACAGAACUGAGGCAGCAAUGGGCUCCUUGUUCAUUUAAUAUUCAUACUGGCAGGACAAUGUCGCGACAGCCAUACACACAGCAGCGAGAUGACAUGUAUUCAAUAAAAAUAAAGUUUACGGCAACAAACACAA